ACACACAGGCUUGUGUAGUGUAGCUAUGGUAACCGCCUGCAGUUCAAUGGCAUAAACACAUGUAGAGUAAGUUCAGCACUUGACUGCUGAAGUCACCGAUACGUAUAAGCAUGGCCCUUAGGGACAGCGACCCCCUAGCGCUGGACGAGCCUGCAGGGGGCGGGCAGGACCACCCGGGGCGAAGGGAGGAGGAGACGGAGGUCCGCCAGCCCAGCUCCAAGGUUCCCUUUAAGGUGCUGCGUGGACAUGGCGAGGCUGUGACCGGCUGUCACCUGUGCUUCGACGACAGCCGUCUGCUGACCAGCUCCCAUGACAACACAGCCAUCAUAUGGGACACAGAUCGGCUGGUGGCCUUGCAGUGCUACGGAGGAUCUCAUUCUGCUGGCAUCAGCGAAUGUGCCCUGGUCCCAGGAACCAACCGCAUGGUGACGGUUUCCUGGGAUCAGACGAUGGUCUGCUGGGACCUGGAAACGGCGAAGACUCUGUGGACAUCGAGGCAUGCUGGCUUGUUGACCUCCUGUAGCGUGUCCUCUGACGGGAAGCUCAUCGUGUGCGUCUCUGACAUGGACAACGAGAUGGACAUCUCCCUGGCAACCAACGGCGAGUGUCUGCACAAGGUUAAAGAGCACCACAGUUCCACCAUGACGCGCUGCAGGUUCGACCCCCAGGGGCAGCACGUGGCCACGGUGUCUGUGGACCGCACCAUCAAGCUGUGGGACCUGCUGGCCCAGCGCACCACCAUGUCCAUCAACAGUAACCAUAGCAACACCGUCUCCAGUUGCUGCUUCACCGACAGCGGCCGCUUCUUGUGCACGGCGUCGUGGGACCGCAGCCUCCAGCUGUGGGACCUGGAGACCGGGGCCUUCCGCUCCCGGGGGGGCCUGAGGCUGGGGGGGGUGCACGUGGGCUCCGUCAGCUCUUGUGCCUUCUCUGCCGACGCUCAGCUCCUGGUGUCCGGCUCCUACGACAGGACCGUUGCACUCUGGGAUAUGGCCUCUCAGUGCCACACACUCAGCCUAAAGGGCCACAGUGAUUGGGUGACAGACGUUUCAAUCAGUAUGGACAAGAAAUUGGUGGCGUCUUGUUCCAGGGACGGAACGUGCAGGCUGUGGUCUGUGGAGGCCUGUGAUGUGAUCCCAGAGGUGGUGGAGAAAACAGAAAAUCAGCUGCUUAAGUGCGGGCAGUGCGGCGGUUCCUUCUGUGUGCCCCGCUCGGAGGCCUCGGACCAACUGCCGACCAACUGUGUCUUCUGCCGGAUGAAGACUGGCGGCAGAUACCGUCCUCAGCCUCCCUCCCUCUGACUACCGUCCUCAGCCUCCGGCCCUCAGACUCCCUUCCUCAGUCUAUCGUCCUCAGUCUAUCGUCCUCCCCAGCUCUCGUUUGUAGCCUUCAGCCCUUUAUCCGCACGGCUCGACGAACCAACGAACCAAUUCUGCAAACAAAUACAACUGAUUGGUUUAAUAAACGGUUUACUUUUUAAACGGGACUUUAUCAAUCCUGUGUGAUUGUGUGUGGCAUUAAAUUUACUUUUAAACCGUAUUUUACUUAUUUAUAAAUCCUGUACUUUGAUGCGUAUAAUCAUAUAGCCCGAUUCCGUUGACGUCCUCGACGGCGCCGUGGCUUAGAUGGUUAAAGCGCCUGUCUAGUAAACAGGAGAUCCUGGGUUCGAAUCCCAGCGGGGCCUUUUGUGGAAACCGCCAGUAUCUUGCUCAUAAAGAACACGUCAUAUAUCUCCUAAGUAGGGUGUC